AGAGCCGGAGGAGAGAGGCUGCAGAGUUUGAACUGUUGAGGAGCGGUAAAUGAGACACCAUGUCUAGGAGACACUGCUUUCUUCAAUGUGACCAAAAAUUGCCCUUGUUUGGACUGCCAAAGGAUAAAGGAACAAAGAAGAACAGUUCACUGCUGGAUUUUCACAGCGGUUACUGCUGAAAGACGAGGCAGUUUCCUUUGUUGGAGAAAUCUGGAGAUUCGGGAUCACAACCUCCUGUCUAAAAGGAUGUGGUAAUCAACAGUGUCAAAGGCUGCACUGAGAUCAAGCAGAACCAGGAUAGUGGAUUUACCAGCAUCGGAGGCCAUCAUGAUGUCAUUGGAGACCCUGAGAAGAGCAGUUUCUGUGGAAUAGUACAUCACAGCAGGGCCCUGGUGUCCAACACUUCUCUACUACAGCCAGAUUCCAGGAUGUAGGAUGCCAAACGGACCCUCCACAAACCGUCUCAGUGGGCACACAGUCUGUGGCAUCUCAGAAGAUGGUAGUGAUCAGCACACACCUGUACAGGGCUACUCUUUUUUUUUUUUUUUUAAGAUAUUUUUUGGGGCUUUUUAGCCUUUAAUGUAUAGGACAGACAAGCGUAAAGGGGGGAGAGAGAGAGGGAGUGACAUGCAGCAAAGGGCCACAGGCUGGAGUCGAACCCAGGCCGCUGCUGUACAGGGCUACUCUGAGGGAGCAGCCUGAGAAGCAAAGGAGAGUCCUCUGACCCAGCAUCUCUCUCAGUGACCCCCAAGCCCCUCCUUACUCAGGGAUAUCAUGGGACACUUAUCCCCACUCCUCUUCCUCUCCUUCCUUUUCCUGGCCCACCCAUGCAACUCCAUCAGGCCCCAGGUUGUGGAGAGAGCAUCUGCCCCCGAGCAGCCUCAGUCCUCUGGUAAUGCUACGGGGUCAGGCAAGCGGACAUGUUCGGGCGUUGUGGUGUGUAAACCCGGUGUCCUGCUGCCGGUGUGGUCGCCACUCAACCCUCCAGUGGGGGAGCAGGCGGGGAGGGCUGUUGUCUAUUUCCUCUGUCUCAUGUACAUCUUCCUGGGUGUGUCCAUCAUCGCUGAUCGCUUCAUGGCAUCCAUAGAAGUCAUCACAUCUCAGGAGAAAGAGGUGACCAUCACCAAGCCAAAUGGUGAAACAACAGUAACCACAGUAAGAAUCUGGAAUGAGACUGUGUCCAACCUCACACUCAUGGCCCUGGGCUCCUCUGCACCAGAGAUCCUGCUCUCUGUUAUUGAGGUGGUUGGGCACAACUUUGAUGCAGGGGAGCUCGGCCCAGGCACCAUAGUGGGCAGUGCUGCCUUCAAUAUGUUAGUGAUAAUUGGUCUGUGUGUGUGGGUGAUCCCUAAUGGAGAGUCUCGCAAGAUCAAGCACCUGCGAGUUUUUUUUGUUACGGCUUUUUGGAGUAUUUUUGCCUACAUUUGGCUCUACCUCAUACUGGCUGUCAUCUCACCUGGAAUUGUAGAGGUGUGGGAGGCCGUAGUGACACUGCUUUAUUUUCCGGUGUGUGUGAUCUUGGCUUGGAUUGCUGACCGUCGCCUACUCUUCUACAAAUACAUGCACAAGCGUUACCGUGCUGACAAGAGGCAUGGCAUUGUGGUGCAAAUGGAAGGAGACCUUGCACCCAAAGGCAUUGACGUGAUCAUGGAUGGAAAGUUGUCAGACGGCAGUUCGUGUCCUGGAAACUCCUCCAGUGUGACAGUCUCUGUGCAGACAGGCAAUGAACUAGACCAGAACAAAGAUGAGGUGGUCCGCAUCCUGAAAGACCUGAAGGAGAAACACCCAGACAAAGACCUGGAUCAGCUCAUUGAGAUGGCCAACUACUCUGCCCUGGUCCACCAGAAGAAGAGCCGCGCCUUCUACCGUGUCCAGGCAACACGCAUGAUGAUUGGUGCUGGCAACAUAUUAAAAAAACAUGCUGCUGAGCACUCACGUCGCUCAGCAGGCCAGGACACUGACAAGUCCACAUGCUCGCACAUUUGUUUUGAAAAUGCCCAAUACCAGUGUACAGAGAACUGUGGCUCUCUGAGCAUUGGGGUGAUUCUUGAGGGUGGCACAGGCCAGAACACUUUUUAUGUGGACUACUGUACAGAAAAUGGCUCCGCCAAUGCUGGGGCAGACUAUGAAUUCAGUCAGGGAACCCUGGUGUUUUUACCAGGGGAGAGCCACAAAGAGAUCAAGGUGGGCAUCUUGGAUGAUGACAUCUUUGAGGAGGAUGAGCAUUUCUUUGUGCGUCUUCAGAAUCUUAGGUUAGAAGAAGGUGGAAAUGAAGGGACAGGAACUCCACCAAAGGGUAGACUAGUGGAGCCACUGGUUGCCACCAUCACUAUAUUGGACGAUGACCAUGCUGGCAUCUUCACCUUUGGCCAGCGUGUGCUACGGGUGAGUGAGAGCACAGGUAUGCUGACAGUGACAGUGGUGAGGAACUCGGGCUCCAGGGGCACUGUUGCUGUGCCGUACCAUACAGAAGAUGGCAGUGCCAAGGCUGGGGUGGACUAUGAGGAGGCCAGAGGCGAGCUGGAAUUCACCAAUGAACAGACAAGUCAGACCUUAAAGGUGAACAUUAUAAAUGUGGAAGAGUACGAGAAACAGGAAAACUUCUUCAUUGUGCUUGAGGACCCAAAAUGGCUGAAGCGAGGACUUUCUGGUAAUCCUACCCCUGAGGAGGAAGAGGCCCGGAGGAUCUCUGAGAUGGGCAAGCCUGUUCUAGGGGAGCACAGCAUUCUGGAGAUCAUCAUAGAGGAGUCCUGUGAGUUUAAGGCUCCCAAUGGAGUACUAGACCAGAACACAGUGGACAAACUCCUGAAGGACACAAAUCUGGCUGUGGUGAUUGGCACUCACUCGUGGAGAGAGCAGUUCAUUGGAGCAGUUACAGUCAGUGCAGGUGAUGGAGAUGAGGAGGAGGGAGAGGAGCAGCGAAUGCCGAACUGCUUCGACUAUUUCAUGCAUAUAUUGUGUAUUUUCUGGAAGAUCCUGUUUGCUUGCGUACCACCCACAGAAUACUGGAAUGGCUGGGCCUGCUUCAUAGUGUCAAUCUCUGUCAUUGGUUUAUUAACUGCCGUUAUUGGAGACCUAGCUUCCCAUUUUGGCUGCACUGUCGGCUUGAGAGACUCCGUUACUGCAGUGGUCUUUGUAGCACUGGGGACUUCACUUCCUGAUACCUUUGCCAGCAAAGUGGCUGCCACUCAGGACCAGUAUGCAGAUGCAUGUGUGGGAAAUGUGACAGGAAGCAACGCGGUCAAUGUUUUUUUAGGCAUUGGGGUGGCCUGGUCUGUGGCUGCCAUAUACUGGCAAGUCAAAGGUAAGGUCUUCCGUGUUGACCCCGGCUCACUGGCCUUCUCUGUCACACUCUUCACCAUUUUUGCCUUCAUCUCUAUGGGGGUCCUGAUGCUACGCCGGAGGCCAUCCAUAGGUGGUGAACUUGGUGGCCCGCAGAUCUCCAAAGUCCUCACUUCACUGCUUUUCUUUGGACUCUGGUUCCUGUACAUUCUCUUCUCCAGUCUGGAGGCCUAUUGCCAUAUACAGGGCUUCUGAGAGAGCACAGCUGAGGAAAGUAAUGACUGCACAAAUACACAUCACUAGGACAUUCACCUACACAGUUCUGUUUUAGUAGGCACCACUGAGAAGACCUAUCAUAACUUGACAACUGCUGCCAUGGUUCAUAAACAAAUGUAUACACACUACAGACUUGCACAUACAAAUCUCUGCAUCACAUCCACUGCAAGACAGUACAAGUCAGCAGAAUUUAUUGUGACUACACAGAUUAUUUUUUUCCUUAAGUGGACUAAAUAACAUGCAGUGACUGUUUGUUAGAAAGGAGAGCAAAGCAGGUCAGCAUGUAACAUUGUAACAGAAGCUGUGUUCAAACUGUCUCCAAAGUUUGUUGUCAAGCAUUAACCCAUAAUUAGGUCUGUUUGACCAGGUAGAGUUAAUAGGUAAUGUUGUUUAAAGCAAAAGUGCUGUUGCUAUGGUUACCUCCAGUUUUUGCACACAGAUUUAGAACAAUAGUAGUAAAACUGUUGGCCGGUAGUGUUUGAGUUGUCUUGGUGUAGGAUUUUGAAUGGAGCUGCCAGCCAUUACAAGUGCUUUCUGUGGCUGUGGUAUAAAAAACUGAGCAUAGUUUGGGAGAUAAUCUGCUGUCGUGUAAUAAGUCACACUGAUAAAUUGUGUUUCUAUGUUGCGUUAUGUGACACGAGGCAUUGUUUAGUGAAAUGUAAUGCACCUACUGAUCCAAUCUCAUAUUGAUAAUAAAAAUGAAACAAAUGCAGUAACUUAAUAUUAUAAAUGUAUAAUUGACAAAGAAUGAAUUUCUAUAAGAAGUGGAAUGGGAAAAAUUGUACAUGGUAUCUGCCAUUGAAUGUGACUGUUUGAAAGUUAUGAUUCAUUCACCCUUGAAAUCUUAUCUGUGUAUUUAUCAAUGGUGUAAUUUAAUGUCUUCAUAAUUUAAUGUAUUUGAUCUGAUGUGAACAAAAAUAUAUUGUAAUUUGUUGUAAACUGUCAUAAUUUGUUGAAAUUUUGAGAUAUUAACUGAGUGUGUCUCCACUGGAUCACCUUCACUGGUUGCUCUUUAGUGCAGAAUAAUAAUAAUAAUAAUAAUAAUUAUAAUAAUAAUAAUAAUAAAUCAGUUUUAUAUAGCAGUUUUCUAGAUACUCAAAGACGCUUUACAAAAGAAUACGCACAGAAACAGGUACUCAAACAAAACACUCAAUCAACGGACACUCAAACAAGACACUCAAACAAAAGGCAAAUAAACAACACUAUACACUACACUACAAAGGGACCACAUAUUAAGACAGAGAGCGGGUGGAGGAUGAAGGGGGAGGAUUUUCAGAUGCUGUAGGUGAUCCUGAAGAGAUGGGACUUAAGCUGAGUCUUGAAUGAGGGGAGUGUGUCAGAGUUCUGGAUGGCCAGGGGCAGGGAGUUCCAGAGGGUAGGAGCGGCGAUGGCAAAUGCUCUGUCCCCCAGGGUGAUGGGUCAUCAAUGCAUACCGAGAUACUAAUGUCAAGAUUUUUGUGAGGAUUUUUUAUGUCAUUGAGGGCAUUUAUUCAGGUUUGGGGCACACUGACUUAAAUACAUGUUAUGUUGUUAAAGUCUGUGUUCAGUGUUAAAGAAGAUAGAUUAUGGGAUUAUUCAUCCAAAAAAUACGGAUAGUGGCUUUAAGAUUCUUAAAACCAUAGAAAUCUGGUGUACUUUAUGGUAAAUCUAAAAAUUUCAUAGAAAAAGAGACUGAAAGUCAUUUUUGUGGAGGAAGACCGCAGCAACGCAGGAACACUAGUCAUGAUACUAUAUGCCAAACCAAUGCUUAAGAUAUUAGGAUGAGGUGACUGGAUCCAAGGGCGGCACGGUGGUGUGGUGGUUAGCACUCUCGCCUCACAGCAAGAGGGUUGCCGGUUCGAUCCCAGGCGUGGCAACCCUUCUGUGCGGAGUUUGCAUGUUCUCCCCGUGUCAGCGUGGGUUCUCUCCGGGCACUCCGGCUUCCUCCCACAGUCCAAAGACAUGCAGAUUGGGGACUAGGUUAAUUGAUAACUCUAAAUUGUCCGUAGGUGUGAAUGUGAGCGUGAAUGGUUGUUUGUCUCUAUGUGUCAGCCCUGCGAUAGUCUGGCGACCUGUCCAGGGUGUACCCUGCCUCUCGCCCGAUGUCAGCUGGGAUGGGCUCCAGCCCCCUCGCGGCCCUCAAGAGGAUGAAGUGGUUAGAAGAUGAAUGAAUGAAUGAAUGACUGGAUCCAGUGCUGUCAGUGGGAAAAGAUGCAAGAUACAAGUUUUUAAUUAUCAUGUGCACAACAAUGAAAGAAGCAGUUGUCAUCCAAAUCACACAAGUUAAAGUAAAAUGAGCUAAGAAAUAAAAUAGAAGUUAAAAUACAGGGCUAAAUUACAAACAUAAAUAUUAAAAGAAACUAAUAUAAAAUUGUGUAGACAAUAUUUGCAGAUGAAUAAACUGAAUGUAAACAAAAAUGCAGUAAAUGUCAGGUGUGUGUACCUCACACACACACAUACACACACACACACACACACACACACACACACACACACCUGCAUUGUAAUUCACUGUCUUCACUGUUUAUUGCCGACCUCAAUCAUUGUCUCUCCCCUACAUGCAUAUG